GUAGUGGGCGUGUCUCCGACUGUCAGAUUCCUCCGGUAGGGAAGGCGGGUAUUUCUUAAGAGUACCGAAAUCGCUAGAUCGGGAAAGCGGCGCAAGUAACGUCCCCUCGUUAGAUUUUUGGGUUUUGUGCAGAAGAGAAAGAAGCCAAGCCAUGUCUAAACAAAUCUUUUUUUAUCGACUUGGCUUUGGUUUGAUAUUUGGAGCAACUGCAGGGGCUGUCAUUUUUCUGGUCUACAAGAGGCACCGGAACAAUAAAAAACUGACUCUGAAGCAGAAUGGGUACUGUUUAUCCACAGAUGACAGUAAAAGCCUAACGUCAAAGCUUCCAAAAGCCGUGUUGGAGACAGCUGUAUCACAAGGGGAGCAGUUGGAGUUGCUGAAUCGCUUGGACUAUGUCAUCAGCAGCAUUUCUGAGUUGAGAAGUGAGGUUCAAACCUUGCGUGACAGUAUUCAUGGACUAGUUGAGGAUAUUGUUGGAGAAGUGCGAUUGCAACUGGAAGAGAACCAGAAGGCAGUUCGACGCAGGAGAUAUCUACCUUACAGAGAGAGGACAGAUUCCACAGGAUCCAGCUCGAUCUACUUCACAACAAGUUCUGGAGCAGGACACACGGAUGUUGAAAGCGAAGGAGGUUACACUACAGCAAAUGCAGAAUCUGAUUAUGACCGCGAAAGCAGCAAGGGUAGCGAGGAAGAGGAAGACGAAGUAAGCUGUGAAACUGUGAGAACAAUGCGCCGAGACUCUGUGGACCUGGUCAUGGAUGAGGAAACAACUAUGGUUACUGACCUCGUGGAUGAAGAGCUGAUGCACCUACUCCAAAAGUCAGACCAACUUUCCAGCGGGGAUUCUGAGGACAAGAGUCAAGGGUUCCAAAUGCUUCUCAGCAAUAAAUUAUUGUAUGGUGAACAUCAAGAUUUUCUUUGGCGUCUUGCUCGGUCCUACAGUGAUAUGUGUGAUACCAGUGAAGAUGUUCAAGAAAAGAAAACGUAUGCAUUUGAUGGAAAAGAGGAAGCUGAAAAUGCACUUCGAAAGGGAGACCAAAGUGCGGAGUGCCACAAAUGGUUUGCUAUCCUUUGUGGACAGCUCGCAGAGCACGAAGUUAUCCAGAAGCGCAUUCAGUUGGGAAAUUUAUUUAAGGAGCACAUUGAAAAGGCAAUCUCACUGAAGCCUGAUGAUACAAGAUGUUAUUACUUGCUUGGACGCUGGUGCUAUCAGGUUUCUAACCUUGGUUGGUUGGAAAGAAAGACUGCGUCUGCCUUAUAUGAAAAUCCUCCAAAUGCUACUGUCCACGAGGCCCUGCAGAACUUCCUGAAGUCCGAGGAACUGAUGCCUGGUUAUUCUAAAGCAUUAAGAAUUUAUAUUGCAAAGUGUUAUAAGGAUUUAGGAAACCUCGCUAUGGCGGCACAUUGGUUGAAACUGGCUGCAGAACUCCCGUCUAUCACAAAAGAAGACCAUGAAAUGGCUUCUACUAUGGAUGAAAUAGCAACAUACAACAAUCGUGACAAUUUACUUGGACUGUGAGUUGUGAUACGGAAGACCUAAUUCUUAAAACCGACAGUUGGUUGGAUAAUAGGAAAUCACUGAGUUUUGUGAAUUUGAAGAUCAUCGCUUUUUGCUAGGAUUUUAGAUGUCCUCAUUCUGAGACUAACUUCUUGUUUUCAGAACUCUACAACUAUGUUAUGCAUCUUAUUUAUUUUAUCCAGGACAAUAGUUAAGUGAGGGUUCCAAACGUUUAACAAUACUAGUUUUGUGAGUACACCACUUACUGAAUAUCUAAAUACCCUGCUUCAUUUUCGGUCACAACCCUCUAAUUCCAAUAAUGUGAAAUAAUAAUUACUAGUAAUGG